AUGACAGAGGAGAUGGACUCCUCUAAUGAACCUCCGAAUAAUUUAUUAGAAAAUAAAAACCCGGCCUUGCAGCAGACCACAAGGAUCAAGCAAUACCCGGAUGAUUCGUCCGGGCCUUGGACUGUAUAUUUCCGGCCCAAAUCGAAACCUUUAAAUAUCAUACAAAUUUCCAAGGAUCUGGUAAAGCAGUAUAAAGCUGUAACUGAGAUCUUCAAAGUUCGCCCAAACAAAUUGCGAGUGAGAGUAUCUGAUCUCACACAGGCAAAUGCGAUUGUUUGCAGUGAGCUUUUCACGCGGGAGUAUCGCGUAUACAUCCCUGCUCGCAUUGUGGAGAUUGACGGUGUCGUCACUGAAGCGGGUUUGACAAUCGAUGACUUGUUGAGUGCUGGGGUUGGCCGGUUCAAGAACCCCAGCAUUCAGCCUGUAAAGAUGCUUGAGUGUAAGAGAUUGCACUCGAUGUCGCUCGAUGGGGGAAACAAAAAGUAUACCCCAUCAGACUCGUUUCGGGUGACGUUCGCCGGAUCUGCUUUGCCUAACUACAUUGAAGUGAGCAGGGUUCGUCUACCAGUUCACCUUUUUGUGCCGCGGGUCAUGAACUGCCUGAAUUGUAAGCAGUUGGGUCAUACGGCCACCCACUGCUGCAAUAAGGUACGGUGUGGUAAGUGCGGUGAGAAUCAUGCGGAUGAUGCCUGCAAAACAUGUGCUGAAAAGUGCCUCUAUUGCGGAGAGACUCUGCAUGAGCUCCCGUCGUGCCCCGCGUACAAACUGCGCGAGGAGGAGAUCAAGCGGUCUUUGAAAGAGCGCUCCGAACGUACGUUUGCUGAGAUGCUCAGAAAGACCGCCGCUGCUGACCCAAUUCCCUUGAAUCCUUAUGAUACCUUGUCUUCUGAUGAGUUGGAUUCUGACGAUUCACCUGAGGGAUUUCUUUGGCCGAUCUUGGGGAGUCUAGAAAAAGAAAAAAGCUUUCUUCUCUGA